AUGUACCGCGUCACCGGCAACGGCGACUUCGCCAUUGCGAACCACGUGUCGUACGAGUUCGACUGGAAGAACCGAGAUCUCAUGAUGGUCCGUACCGGAGUGCUCCUCAUCGCUGGCUGGUUGCAAGAAGCCUGCCAGGUCAUUUACUCGGGAGAUUGCGACUCGGCCGUGGUUUCAGGCACCAACCUCAUCCUCACGCCUACUAUGACCGUUGCUUUGGCCGAGCAGGACGACCUGUCAUCCACUGGAUCAUGCAAGUCCUUUGACACCAAAACUAACGGUUACGUGCGCGGAGAGGCCGUGAACGCGAUCCUUGUUGAAAGACUAAGUAUGCCCGCAAAGAUGGCGAUCUAA